AUGUCCACGGCUCAGCUCUUCCGACGAAUCGUCUUGAGACCAACAGGUCUACCACUACGGACUCCCACAGCUGCAAUCCGUCACACCUCAUUCAGAUUUCCAUCAGCGUCAUUUUCGAGAAGCUAUGCUUCUGGAGAACCUGGAACCACCACCAAAGGCGAUGCACAAAACGCCAGUCAAGGGUUAGGCACACCGUCUCCAAAGGGUUCCGAUAGUCCACAGGAAGGCGACGUCAAGUCAGCACGAGCUAACGAAGGUCGAUCGCAAGAGCAAGGAGGUAGUGUUGCCCAGCCUAUUUCAGGGGCCAACCAGAGCACUCAAGAAGCGGGCCAGGACGAGGAGGGCACCGAGACAAUAAAGCAGGACCCCAACAAGCCAGCCGAGCAGAAAAAGGAACAGACUUUGAAGCAGGGAGAUACACCUAUGGAUCCAGGCCAGACCAACCAGCAAAGUUCCGGACAGUUCAGCCAGAAGAUGCAACAGUAG